GUUGAGACUGUUUCUGUGCCCAUUUUUGUAGCAGAAGGAGCGCAGUGUCCGCAGUGACCAGGCCAGGGGAGCUGCCAGUUUGUAUAUUUCCGCAGAUGUGACACAGGCGCGGAUAUAAUCUCCCAGGCCGAAGGACGCCGAAAUCUACCGCGCUGUAAGAACUCUGUUUCGACUUUUGAAGGCCGUAUUUUUGGGCUUUUUACACAAUGAAUCCGUCUGGGCUUUUUGGCAGAACACAAGGCGGAGCGUUUCAGUCUCCGCGCGCCCCGACCUCGGGGCUCUUUUCCUUCGGCCAGCAGAACGCCCCUUUCGUGCAGCCGCCUGCCCUCGGCCAGGGCACCGGCCAGACCUCGCUCUUCAGUACAUCGUCUGCCUUCGGCCAGACCGGAUCCCUUUUCGGGCAGCCUGGCGGGACGGCGUCUGGACAGGCCCCGACCUUCGGCAUGCCCGGUUCUGGGAGUCAGACCCCGUCGUUUGUACAGAGCGACACCAGACCUCUGCCUUCGUUCCAGCCCAUCCAGCACCACCGCUACCAGUAUGGACAGCAGUGGGCCUGCUCCUGCUGCCUCUGAGUUCCUUUCUGGAGCAUUAGGUUUUAGCUUCUCACAGCCCAUCGCAGUGUCCAGCAGCAUCCUCCCCACCAAAGAUGCACAUCCCAGCACCACCCAGGAGUUCAGCUUCUCGAAACCAGCAGCACCCUCCGUUGGUGCUGGCAGUGGCCUGGGUGGGGGGACCUCCCAGGCCGCCUCUGUCUCCAGGUACUCUGCCUCUAGCCUCCAUGAGCCCCGGCCACUGUUUGGUGCUGUCAGCUUUGGUCCGCUAAAACCCAAGACUGACGCUGGGGUUGUGUCUGGUGAGGUCCGUG